GUUUUCACAGGUCCCUCGAGGACGGACCACGUCUCACCGCAGAAUGUUUUCCUUAUGCCGGCGAUACAAGGAUGAACAUGAACAUGGAGGCACACAGAUCAAAGGAGGCUACAUGCUGCGAUACAAACGUAAAUACCUAUGGAACUCAUGGUCGGAAGAAUGGGUGGUGUUGUACGACGACUCAACUAUGGCUUGGUUUAAGGACGCGACGGGGAAAUGCAUAGCGACUCAGAAACACCUGGUGAAGGAGUGUCCGGAGAUGUUGGCCAUCGCGACCUGGACGGGCCAGGUGCCGCGGCGGCCGACCCUGCCCCCGGGGGCGCGGCUCACCCAGCUGAUGGCGCUGGGCUCCCGGAGGGACCCCGGCAGCGUGGUCUGGAUGCUCGCCAAGUCUGAUGCCGAGAUGAAGGAUUGGAUGACUGCGAUAUCAAAAACCCUGCCGCCCCCACCCCGUAUCGAGCUGGUGAUGUCCAUGCCUUACCUCCGCACUGCCUUCAAGAGACCCACAGUCCGCGUUAGACCAGCGACGUCCUCAGAGAUGUACUCUCGGAGCAGCAGGAACGCUGUGGGCGCUCUGGACGGGCGUGGGCUGGUCGCCGUCAUCAAGAGACAGGUGCCUCUAGCGGGUCAGCUAGACCACCAGCUGGCUUGGGGGCAAGGCUGGGGGUGGGUUACCCUACCUAAUGGGGUCUGGAGUGGACGACUCACCUGGUCCCAAGAAGGAGAAGACUUCGCACUCCACGCCAUGCCGAUCAUGCAUCACUCCAACGUCUCUCAAGCCUGCUCCAUGCUCGAUGGUGUCACAGCCUACGAAGCUUCGGCCUACGAACAGGCCCUUGCCGAAUACGAUGAUAACGCAGCCGCAGCUACUUCUGACGAUUGGGACUUCGGCGUCGACUGUGGAGACUUCAUGAUGUAAAGGGCGAUGUGGAGGGGUAGUGAUAUUCUGGGUUUCCAGACAGAUUCUGAGCGCCUGGCCAUGUUCUAUGUCUAUGUCUUCCCUCGCUAACGUAUAACCCAGUGGAAUUAAGUGAACACUAUGUCAUGCACGAUGUAUGUUUACUUGCGUAACGUCUCCAUUGACGAGAGUCACCUAUUUAUUUGUUUACUUUUCGGAACACCAACAGCUACAUUAGGAAUAGACAUAGUAAUGUCAGAUCUUCUGCCAAAGACGUACCAGGUAAAAUGUAAUCUUGGGUACUAACGAUGAAUUAAGAAAUUAUUUCUUUUUGCAUGGUAUCUGCAAAAUGCUCUUUCCUGGAUAGAUAAUCGAGUACUGUAUAAAUAAAAUAAGAAAGAGUAUCUUUGUGAUUCUGCCAAAUAUGCACAUAGGGCAGCUUUAAAGACUUUUAAGAUCGACGGGAAGAAAAUGGGUGAUGAAGAAAUAUAUACCUUAUUCGUUGCAGAUACCUACUCUCACACUUUGACGACACUAAAUACAAAUAUUUUUUAGUCGGCGAUAUCACUACCCCUGUAAUAAUUAUGAAUAUUAUUUAUAAUAUUUUUUUAACGUAAACGAGCACAAAAUAAUUAUAAAAUAUAUAUAAAAAAAUAAAAUAUUAUUAUAUAUUUGAGGAAUUUCGGUGUAUACUUUUUAGAAAAAUCGUAUUAUUUAUUGCUCAAUUAUUGCAAAGCUGACGUGCUGGUCACUGAUACUGAAUUGUGCCAAUUAAAGGAUUAUAUACGAGAUAUAUUUUAUGGAAUGUUCUAUGAAACACAAAGCAUCUUAUGAAUUUUUUAUAUGAAACGAACAAUGGAGUCAUUUGUACCUUUGACCUUGUAAGUGACAAGGCACCCCAUAGUUGCAUGUUCUCUAGCUCUAUCUGAAUGUUUGUCAUAGAUAUAUGUAGCUUUGGAGUCUUAGAUUUUCAAAUUAUACCUAUGGCCUAUGGAUACAUUAGAUUUUAAUAACGGAACAGUACUGGUUUUUUCAUGAUACAUUCUCUAUCAAUUCCUUCUUUAUACUAAUCGUCUUAGCAAUAAAAAAAACUAAUAAUUCGAUUGGCUGGCAAAUAUCGAAGACAAGGUUUCGACUUAAUCGGAUAUUAAAAACUGAAAACAAAGGAUUAAGCCGUUUUUGGAUGUGAAUUUCGAAGACUAAGUUGACGGCUGUAUGGUCCUCAAAUCUUUGCCUGCCUUAGAACUACUUAGAAACAUUCACCACUUGUUAACUUUUUAUUGCCAAUGCGAUAUAAGUAGGGUGGUUACGUAAUAUUAAUACAAUUUCGCAAACACCAUCUUAGCAGAAUGAAAUAAGUUGACAAAACCAGUACUCACAAAACGCGAUAUAUAGGUCUGUUAUUCAAAUUCAAAAAGGUCAAUAUCCUAUAAAACUUAGCAUAAGUUGAAACCCUUAUCACCAAAGAGGGAAUAUGAUAUACUUUGGUAUAUUUAGAUCUCCCUUUAACUAUAGUUUCAUUUAGAGUCCCAUUUACAAAAUAUUUUAUAUCUGAAAAGAGGAAUAGUUUAGUAUAAUGUUUUGUAAGGAUACAUCAAUCUUUUGGAAUAUUUUACGUAACUGACUCAGGGUAUAGGUUCUGGUAAUGCUACCGAAUGAACUCGUUUAAAUGUUUGAAUGAGGUUAUCCACUUUGGUCCCGGUAGCGUAUUUCGAAAUGCUAGUUCAAUACGUCCCCACUGCCGAGACGAACUAGAG